UAUGCGGAGCUGUCACAACCCGGACGACGCCCCCAAAAUCGCCGGCGACACAACCGAGGCGACCCCUCUACUCUCGCCCUCUAAAUCCCCCCUUCCUCACUCUUCCAGCGCCCAAUCCGCCGCCUCGAUUCGACCAUGGCUCCGGGUCCAUUGAAGCCCUCGCCCAGCCUCGAGGCCCGCGACAUCGUCCGCGACGCCGUCCGCGCCAACGCCGUCGCCACCCUCGCCUCACCCACCGCUCUGCCGCUGCGGGACGACCGGAUCCAGACCGAGGUCAGGCUCGGGGCGACCGUCGACCCCGGCCUCGGCCUCACCCUCACCGCUCCCAGGGUCCUCUGCUGCGAGGAGAUCGACGGGAGGAGGUGGAGUUAUGUGCUGGACGACGUGGAAUGCCCGCCCGGAACUAAGGCGCGGAAGGGACCGUCUCUGCGCGCCGUCCCGAUGCAGAGCCCCGUGGAUCCCUUGGAGGAGUUGAUGUCAUUCGUAAGAUUGUAUGUAGUGCCUGAAGGUUUUCCUGACAGUGUGACCCCUUCUUAUGUCCCAUAUAUGAGAUGGAGGGCUUUGAAGCAUUUCUUUGGUGGAGCCAUGGGUGUUUUCACAACACGGACACUGUUAAACUCUGUAGGAGUAUCCAAAAAUACAGCUGCAUCAGGUGCUGUUGCCAUCAAUUGGAUACUCAAGGAUGGAGCUGGCCGGGUUGGCAAAAUGCUCUACUCACGUCAAGGAAAAAAGUUUGACUAUGAUCUGAAGCAGCUUCGCUUUGCUGGUGAUCUUUUGAUGGAGUUAGGUGCAGGAGUAGAGUUAGCAACUGCUGCAGUUCCACAGCUUUUCUUGCCGCUUGCUUGUGUGGCCAAUGUUCUGAAGAAUGUUGCUGCUGUGACAUCGACAUCUACACGUACUCCAAUCUACAAGGCCUAUGCCAAAGGAGAAAAUAUAGGGGACGUCACUGCUAAAGGAGAAUGUGUUGCCAAUAUCGCUGAUCUGUUGGGUACUGGACUGUCUAUCAUGAUAUCAAAAAGAAAUCCAUCUUUGGUGGCCUCAUUCACAUUCUUGUCAUGUGGGUAUCUGUUUAGCUCAUAUCAGGAGGUCAAAUCAGUAGUAUUGAAUACAUUAAACAGGGAAAGAUUUGCUGUGGCAGUGGAUUCCUUCAUCAAGACUGGGAUUGUUCCAUCAUUAAGGGAAGGCAAUGUAAAGGAGAACAUUUUUAAUCCUCCAUGGUCUAACCGUACACCAAUUGUUAUAGGAUCAAGAUUUUCUGAAGCAUUCCAGGAGCCAUCUUCAUUUGUCGCUAUCCAGCCCUUGUUCGAGGAGGAGAGAUACAUGAUCACAUAUAACCCUUCGAAGGGUAAAAUCUAUGCAUUGCUCAAGGAUCAAGCAAAAUCAGACGAUGUACUUAAAGCGGCUUUCCAUGCUCAUGUUCUUCUGUCUUUCAUCUGUUCGUCACACUCAAAACAAGCUUUGACAAAAUUUAGGAGCACCGGCCAAUCGAGAUACGAAGAACCGUUGCUCGCUACAAAUGCCAACUUUCUUUCUCAUAUCGCAGAGUCUUGCAAGAUUGUGUCAUCUUCGUAUACGACAUUCAAGAAUAAAGCUACUGAACAGGGAUGGAUAAUGUCCCACUCGUUGCUUAACCCCGGUAGAGCGCGACUAGUUAGUACUCUACAACACUGAUCUACAAUCGCUGUCCAUAAAAUUCAGAGGUCCCUUUGUUUAACUGGAUUCAUGUUUAAGUUUCGACAAAGAGUAAAUUUGAUGGUGGCUUACACACGAACAGUGAAUCACUACUCUUGAUCAUUAGCAUUUUAUGCCAAUGCAGCCUGAGAAAGUGUUAGCAUUGCGAACUAAGAGACAGACCAUUUUCCGAAACAGUUUUGCUUGCAUAGCACUGGAAUUGCUAGCUUCUCGAUUGGCUAUCCGAUAGUAUCGAUACCCUUUUUCAGUUCUUUGUUGUAAUAGUAUAAAUUUGUUGGCUCCCUGACUGUAUUAUAGAGCUUGAGAUGCAAUGGUGAUAGAAAGCAGUGAUGGUAAUGGA